AUGCUCAGGAGCUACUGUAGAGAGGACCGAUGGGAGGAGACCUUGUGUCUAUUCCAUAACAUGAUGUCUGAGUCAAGAGACAAUGAUGAAAAGCCUGAUAAUUUCACCAUUCCCAUUGCUCUGAAGGCGUGUGCGAGGUUAAGGGCGCUUGCGUGUGGAAAAAUAAUACACGGGUUGGUGAAGAAACAUGAGAAGGUAGCAUUGGAUAUGUUUAUGGGUUCUGCGUUGAUUGAAUUGUAUUCCAAAUGCAGAGAAAUGGGCGAAGUUGUGAAAGUGUUUGAUGAGUUUUCGCAACCAGAUGUGUUUUUGUGGACUUCUAUGGUUACUGGAUAUGAGCAGAAUGGUGAUCCUGAAGAAGCAUUGGAGUUUUUCUACCAAAUGGUGAUGCAUGCGCGCAUUACUCCUAAGUUCCUAACCGAGAACCGAUUCGACUCUGAUUUAUCUUUGGGUAAUGCGUUACUAAAUCUCUAUGGAAAGACAGGUUCUGUCAAAACUGCCACUAGGUUGUUCAUGAAGAUGCCGGAAAAAGAUGUGGUUUCUUGGAGCUCCAUGAUUACGUGUUACACUCAUAAUAGCGAUGUAAUAGAAGCGCUAAAUCUUUUCAACGAAAUGAUUGAUAUGAGAAUCGAACCUAUUUCAGUGACGCUGGUAAGUGCAUUGCAAGCAUGUGCACUGGCAGGUAAUUUAGAAGAAGGCAAGAAGAUCCACGAAAUCGCUACUAGGAAGUGUUUCGAGUUAGAUAUCAAGGUAGCUACGGGCCUGAUUGAUAUGUACAUGAAGUGCUCUGCACCCGAAAAAGCAGGUGAUCUCUUUAGUAGAAUGCCAAAGAAAGAUGUGGUUUCGUGGGCUGCCUAG